CAUUCCUCAGCUUAAAAUUGGCUCACCUAUCAGAAGACAGUAACACCACGAACAGAAGAGGUUAGCUCACGCCAUGGCCGCUACUCGGUUUCCUCCCCUUGUCCUCUGCUUGCUGCCGAUUUUCUGCAGCGUCGUGGAUGCCGAGCUGACCCACCUCCACUUCUACUUCCACGAGGUCGACGCCGGCACGCCCAACGCCACCGUCGUCAACGUCGCCAGCCUGCACCGGAACUCGUCGACGUUCGGCGACGUGAACGUGUUCGACAACAUGCUGCGGGAGGGGCCGGACCAGGCGUCGCGGCUGAUCGGGAGGGCGCAGGGCCUCGCGGCGCACGCGUCGCUGGACGAGACGGGCGGCCUCGCGGCCAUCGAAUUCGUCUUCUCCGACUACGGCGCGUACAGCGGCAGCACGCUGGCCACGAUGGGGCGCAUCAACGCGUCGGGCCCGUCGGAGCGGAGCAUCGUCGGCGGCACGGGCAAGCUCCGGUUCGCUCGCGGGUACAUGACCAGCAGGCUUCUCAGCUCCACGGACACCGCCAUCGUCGUCGUCUUCGACAUGUACUUCACCCUCGACCAUUGAACCAUAUACUGUGUAUAUAUAUUCUGUGGCAUUCUAUUGAAUAAUGUACGCAUGCUUGAAGCAUACCAUUUAUACGAAAGGUUUGAGAAUU